AUGGUUAACUUCACCAUCGAUGAAAUCCGUGGUCUUAUGGACCGUAAAAAAAAUAUCCGUAACAUGUCUGUUAUUGCUCAUGUUGAUCACGGAAAAUCUACUCUUACCGAUUCCUUAGUCUCUAAGGCCGGUAUCAUUGCCGGAGCCAAAGCCGGAGAAACCCGUUUCACCGAUACCAGAAAGGACGAGCAAGAAAGAUGUAUUACCAUCAAGUCUACUGCCAUCUCUAUGUUCUUCGAGCUUAACCCCAAGGACAUCGGAUUCAUCAAGGGAGAUAACCAAGUUGAAGUCAACGAUGUUGAUGGAAAGAAAGAGAAAUACAACGGUUUCUUGAUCAACUUGAUCGAUUCACCAGGUCACGUUGACUUCUCCUCUGAAGUAACUGCCGCUCUCCGUGUUACUGACGGAGCUCUCGUUGUCGUCGAUUGCGUCUCUGGAGUAUGUGUCCAAACCGAGACUGUACUUCGUCAAGCCAUCGCUGAAAGAAUCAAGCCUGUCUUGUUCAUGAACAAGAUGGACCGUGCUCUUCUUGAACUUCAACUCGGAACUGAGGAACUUUUCCAAACCUUCCAACGUAUUGUUGAAAACAUCAACGUUAUCAUCGCCACCUACGGAGAUGAUGAUGGUCCAAUGGGAGCCAUCAUGGUUGAUCCUUCUGUCGGAAACGUCGGAUUCGGUUCUGGACUCCACGGAUGGGCCUUCACCCUCAAGCAGUUCGCUGAAAUGUAUGCCGAGAAAUUCGGUGUUGAGGUCGACAAGCUCAUGAGAAACCUUUGGGGAGAUCGUUUCUUCGACUCUAAGACCAAGAAGUGGUCUAACUCUCAAGCCGAAGGAGCCAAGAGAGGUUUCUGCCAAUUCGUUUUGGACCCCAUCUUCCAGGUCUUCGAUGCUAUCAUGAACAUCAAGAAGGACAAGGUCGCUGCUCUUGUUGAGAAGCUCAACAUCAAGCUUGCUGUUGACGAGAAGGAUCUUGAAGGAAAGGCUCUCAUGAAGGUCUUCAUGCGCAAGUGGCUUCCAGCUGGAGACACUAUGCUUCAAAUGAUCUGUAUCCAUCUUCCAUCCCCUGUUACUGCUCAAAAGUACAGAAUGGAAAUGCUCUACGAAGGACCUCAUGAUGAUGAAGCUGCCGUCGCCAUCAAGAACUGUGACGCCAACGGACCACUCAUGAUGUACGUAUCUAAGAUGGUACCCACAUCUGAUAAGGGACGUUUCUACGCUUUCGGACGUGUCUUCUCCGGAAAGGUCGCUACUGGACAGAAGUGCAGAAUCCAAGGACCCAACUACGUCCCAGGAAAGAAGGAAGACUUGUACGAGAAGACCAUCCAACGUACCAUUCUUAUGAUGGGACGUUACAUCGAACCCAUCGAGGAUAUUCCAUCCGGAAACAUCGCUGGUCUCGUCGGAGUCGAUCAAUACCUUGUUAAGGGAGGUACCAUCACCACCUACAAGGACGCCCACAACAUGCGUGUCAUGAAGUUCUCCGUAUCUCCUGUCGUGCGUGUUGCUGUUGAAGCUAAGAACCCUGCUGAUCUUCCUAAGCUCGUCGAAGGACUCAAGCGUCUCGCCAAGUCCGAUCCUAUGGUCCAAUGUAUCUUCGAAGAAUCCGGAGAACACAUUAUUGCCGGAGCUGGAGAACUUCACUUGGAAAUCUGUCUUAAGGAUCUUGAAGAAGAUCACGCUUGCAUUCCACUUAAGAAGUCUGACCCAGUCGUAUCAUACCGUGAAACUGUUGAUGCCGAAUCCAACCAGAUCUGUCUCUCCAAGUCUCCCAACAAGCACAACCGUCUUUUCAUGACUGCCAAGCCAAUGCCUGAUGGUCUUGCUGACGAUAUCGAAAACGGAACUGUCAACCCACGUGAUGACUUCAAGGCUCGUGCCAAGGUUCUCGCUGAGAAGUACGAAUAUGAUGUCACUGAAGCCCGUAAGAUCUGGUGCUUCGGACCUGACGGAACUGGACCAAAUCUUCUCUUCGACGUCACCAAGGGAGUUCAAUACCUCAAUGAAAUCAAGGAUUCCGUUGUCGCUGGAUUCCAAUGGGCUACCCGUGAAGGAGUUCUCUGUGACGAGCUUAUGCGCGGUUGCAGAUUCGACAUCCAUGAUGUUACCCUCCACGCUGACGCUAUCCACAGAGGAGGUGGACAAGUUAUCCCAACUGCCAGACGUGUUAUCUACGCUGCUGCUCUUACUGCUAGCCCAAGACUUCUUGAGCCAGUAUACCUUGUCGAAAUUCAGUGCCCAGAAGCCGCCGUCGGAGGUAUCUACGGAGUACUUAAUCGCAGACGUGGUCAUGUCUUCGAAGAAUCCCAAGUUACCGGAACCCCAAUGUUCAUCGUUAAGGCUUACCUUCCUGUCAACGAGUCCUUCGGAUUCACCGCUGAUCUUCGUUCCAACACCGGAGGACAAGCUUUCCCACAAUGCGUCUUCGAUCACUGGCAGAUUCUUGCUGGAGAUCCACUCGAUGGAAGCUCCAAGCCAUUCCAUGUUGUUAAUGACACCAGAAAGCGUAAAGGACUUAAGGAAGGAGUUCCAGCCCUUGACAACUUCCUCGAUAAGAUGUAA